AUGGACCACACAUUGCCACAUUGCCGCAUUGCCACCGAGACGGCGAAUCCUCCGCACCGGCGAACAUUGAUCCCUUGCUUGGUGGUUCAGCUUGGCGACACUGCUUAUCGCUCGACCGGCGUGGCGACACUCAACAUGGUCCCUAUGCCUACAGCGACUACAGUCCCAGCGGUGGACGGAUUGGUCUCCGUGCAGGAGGCGGUCAUGGCCGCGGCGCAGGGCGAGCGCAGCGCAGUCGAAGGCGAUGGCCUCUUUACGCUCAAGAACACCACGAGCAUCGUGACGGGAGGAGCUCGUGGUAUCGGGCUGACGCUGGCAGCUGCGUUGCUCGAGGCCGGCUCACACGUUGUAUGCAUGGACCUUCUCGACGAGCCCACCACGGCUGCCGACUGGCUCACGUUCAAGGCGCGCGCCAAAGAGCUCAAGCUCAGCGCAUCCUACGUGCAGGCCGACAUCACCAACGCGCCCGCCGUCAACGAGAUCAUCACCGAGAUCGCCCAGCUCGCCGCCGAUGCCGCCCGACCCUUCACCACGGUCGUCCACGCCGCCGGAGUCCAGAAGCAGGGCCCCGUGCUUGACUUUGACCCAGCCCACUUUGACUGGGUCCUUCGCGUCAAUGUCACAGGCACUUUCAUCGUCACGCAGGCCGCAGCUCGCGCGAUGAAGCACCACGCCACGGGCGGAAGCAUCAUCCUGAUCGCCUCCAUGUCCGGCUACGUCUCCAACCGCGGCCUCUUCGGCACGGCGUACAACUCGUCCAAGGCAGCCGUGCAUCAGCUGUGCCGAUGCGCCGCCGUCGAGCUGGCCGAACACAAGAUCCGCGUCAACACCAUCAGCCCCGGCUACGUCAACACACAGAUGGUCGAACAGCUGCUCGCCAAGGAGCCGCAUCUGCUCGAGCAGUGGACCAACGACAACCCCAUGCACCGCAUCGGCGAGCCAAGCGAGUUCAAGGGCGCCGCUGUCUUCCUCGCCAGCGAAGCGAGCAGCUUCAUGACGGGAAGCGACAUGCGUAUCGAUGGCGGCCACUGCGCUUGGUAG